AUGAUAUGGCUUAGCGGAUUUCAGCUCGCGGCGAAUGGGCUGCUGCAGAUAUAUGGGAACGGGUGGGAGAAUCCAAUUUUUAUACCGCUCGGGUUUGCAGAGUUUGUCCCUGAGAGGGAGUAUAGCCCCGAUGAUCCGGAAUAUUCUAUGUAUAUGAAGUUUAGGAAGGACCCACAGAGGGCACUGGAAGGGAAACGAAAGGUCGUCGACGCACUUAUCGACUAUCUUGGGAAAAGAUAUGGAAAAAAGUUUGGCGGUAACAUUGAACCUGAGAUUGCGACCGUAUACUAUCACUACCCGCUCCGGCCUCGGGAAUACAAACGCAAAGGACUAAAGAUAUCCCCACCACCACCACUCCCAGACGACACUCCCCCCCCCCUACGUAUCUCAAACCUAACCUACGAAUGGACCACCCGGCCUAUCCCCACCGCAACAAUGCACCGCCUAAUAACAGCCUUCUACCCAACCUGGAUGUUCUCAUCAGUAACUACCUCCCUCCAACACACCUACUCCUUCCUCCACGCCACCCACAACUCCACCCAAACCUCCCCCGCUUCCUCCCCAAUUGACCUCGGCAAGCGCGCAAUCUCCCACGGCAUCCAAUCCGGCCUUGUACACCUGCGCCGCACUUACCGUCGCCCGCCCGCCCCACAAGGGCACGUGGUCCUUGAUGGUCUCGUGCAAGUUGCUGGUGACAAACUCCGCGUGGCGAUGGAUGUAACGGUCAGCUUCCACCCGGAGGACCUCAAUUCCAUCAUCUUCCACAAGAUAGAUGUGCGCUACGUCGCCAGGAACGACAAGCGACAGAAGGUUAUAGCGCCCCCGGUGGCAUCUCCAGGACAGGCACCCCCGCACCAAGUCACGACAAUUAGAGUCGUAGUGGUAAAGUCCGCGACCGAACAACCAAAGACUGAAAUCAUCGAGGCCGCCGCAGCACUACAGCGGAGCAACGUGGACAAGGCGAGGAGCUUCAUAGACAAGCAGGAUAAGGAGCGGAAGAAAGUGAAGAAGGAAGCCGUCGAGGUCGGUGUCGAGAAAGAAGUCACGGCCGUGACACCCGGCGCAGAAGGGGCAGCGGUAGGGGGACCGACGCCACCGGUGUCACCCGAAGAAGAGAAAGAGGGGUCAAAGAGAACCGGGGAUGAUGCUGCUUCCUCGAAGUCAUGAGCCCGUUAGGCUGGGGUUAUCAUGAACAGCGGGGUGACUUAAAUACUUCUCAGCUUCUCCAUUUCAUCUCAUUUUGCAUUCUCAGGCAGGAGGCUAUCUCGCAAGCACGAAAUUUAUACCUGGCGCAUCUCUUUUCCUCCUCCAUCUAUCUCGUCGCAUCUUCAUGUCACUCCGCACGUCCUUUAGUCUCUGGUCUAGCCUCUGGCCUCUGUAAGAUUGUAUACUAUUUACGUUCCUCCCCCUCUCUUUCUUCCUUGCUUGUAGAAUAGAAUUCGCGGUUGAUUCCUCUUUUUCUUUUUGGUUCCUUUCCUCGUUCCAUGUAAACGAUCAUGGGAUAUCACUCGGUAGUUAAUCUCAAUGAAUCCUGAUGUUGUA